CUCAAACAUUCACCUAUAAAAGAGUCGGUACAAAGAGUCGACCUUGUUCGAGAUCUGUGUGCGCCACUGGCAUCAGACUGAUUUACACACUUCCACUGGAAAACACAAAUCCACUGCCUCAUGGAUAUAUAUACCUCGAAACUUUCUCCCGCGGUGGAUUAUGGAGCCGGGGCCUUUCUGCUGCUGAUAGCAAUUUUAUCCAUUGUUGGAAAUCUACUGGUCCUUUUAUUGGCAUACAAACGCUCCUCUCAGAUGAAGCCUCCAGAGCUUCUUAGCGUCAACCUGGCAGUAACAGAUCUUGGUGCAGCAGUCUCGAUGUAUCCUCUUUCUAUAGCAUCAUCAUGGAACCAUUACUGGAUAGGAGGUGAUACCACCUGCAUCUACUAUGGCUGGAUGGGGUUCUUUUUUGGUGUAGCCAGCAUAGCCACCCUGACAGUCAUGGCUGUAGUGCGUUUCACUGUAUCCAUGAAACUACAUUCUCACAUGGAGAAAAUCACUAAAAGGACAGUGCAGGUGAUGUUGGCACUCACAUGGCUGUAUGCUCUCUUAUGGGCUGUGUUUCCUUUGAUUGGUUGGGGUGCAUAUGGCCCUGAGCCCUUCGGACUGUCCUGUACACUGGCCUGGGCAGAAAUGAAGGAGCACAGCCCAUCCUUUGUCAUCAGCAUGUUUGCCAUGAACCUGGCCAUCCCAGCUGUCAUCAUCGUUUUCUGCUACUUUGGCAUCACCCUCCGACUCUAUUUCUACUACAAUUCUAAAGAGAAUAUCAGCAUUAUGCAGAACAAAGUUAAGCUGCAGCGACGCCUCAUGUUGAUUGCUGUUCUGAUCAGUGCUGGUUUUAUCGGCUGCUGGACACCCUAUGGGAUCGUGAGCUUAUGGUCCAUCUACUCAAAUUCCUCUAUUACUCCUCAUGUCAGUAUGUUGCCCUGCCUCUUUGCCAAGACUUCCACUGUGUAUAACCCAUUAAUCUAUUAUAUCUUCAGCAAGUCUUUUAAACAGGAGGUUAAGCAGCUUCUCUGUGCAUGCAUUAGAUCCAAGGGAUGUCGUGGCUCUCAUCCAGAGAACCUCACAGAGAAUACAGUUUGCGUGGUGUGCGAUGGAACCACGGUCAAAGAAGAGCUGCAACUGAAGCCUUUGUUUCGAAAGCACACAGAGUUGCCGAUACAUAAUUUGUAAUUGUGGAAUAUUAAUAACUUUGGGAUUUAUUUUC